AUGUUCCAAGAACUUCGACGCAAUAUCUUUGACAUCAAGAAACCCGAUCCGAACCCAUUAGCAGCUUCACGAUAUGCGUGUGUCUAUUGGGUAAACCAUCUCGAAGACAGCGGAUGUGAGAGUGAAAAUAGUCUUGAAUAUAGUAGAUCAUCCCUGAUCUUCAGUCCGAAGAAUAGUAUCACGAAGUCAUGUUAUCAAAAAGAGAAACCAGAUUUGGUUGUGAAUGAGCCAGUGGCUGAAAUGGACUGGAGUUCAUGCCUUCAAACCCUCGAAGGGCAUAGUGGUGCUGUUAACUGGAUUGCCUGGUCGCAAGAUGGGCGCCGACUCGCAUCAGCGUCUCAUGAUAAAACCAUCAGGAUCUGGGAUUCUGUCACCGGCCAGUGCAUGUUAGCUCUCGAGGGCCAUAGUGCCUCUGCCACAUCAGUUUCCUGGUUUCAAGAUGACAGCCUAAUCGCGUCAGCGUCUCUAGAUAACACUAUUAGGGUCUGGCAUUCAGUCACCGGUCAGUGUGCGUCAAUUCUUAAGGGGCAUAGCGACUCGGUCACCUUAAUAAUCUCGUCGCAAGAUGGACACCAACUCGCAUCAGCGUCUCAUGAUAAUACCGUUAGGAUCUGGGAUGGGGUCACAGGCAAGUGCGCAUCAAUACUCGAGGGGCAUAGUAGCUGGGUCAACUCAAUUGCCUGGUCGCCAGAUGGAAACCAACUUGCAUCUGGUUCUCAUGAUAAGACUGUCAGAAUCUGGGAUCCAGUCGCUGGCAAGUGCGUAUCAAUACUCGAGGGGCAUAUGAGCUUGGUCAUAUCAAUUGACUGGUCCCAAGAUGGAAGUCGACUCGCAUCGGGAUCUCGAGAUAAAACUGUCAGGAUCUGGGAUCCCGUUACCGGGCAGUGUAUAUCGAUCUUCGAAGGCCACAGUGGUGUGGUCAAUUCGAUUUCCUGGUCGCGAGAUGGAUACAGACUCGCAUCAGCGUCCUAUGAUAACACUAUCAGGAUUUGGAAUUCCGUUACCGGCGAGUGUAAAUCAAUCUUCGAAGGUCACAGUGGUGUGGUCAAUUCGAUUUCCUGGUCGCGAGAUGGAUACAGACUCGCAUCAGCAUCCUAUGAUAACACUAUCAGGAUUUGGGAUUCCGUUACCGGCGAGUGUAUAUCAAUCUUCGAAGGCCACAAUGGUGUGGCCAAUUCGAUUGCUUGGUUGCAAGAUGGAAGCCGACUUGCAUUGGGGUCCUCCGAUACUACUGUCAGAAUAUGGGAUCCAGCUAGCGAAAAGUACGCGCCAACUCUCGAGAGGCAUGAUGGUUUGAUCAACUGGAUUGCCUGGUCGCAAGAUGGAAACCAACUUGCAUCAGCUUCUCAUGAUAAAACUGUCAGAAUCUGGGAUCCAGCCACCGGCAAGUGCGUGUCAAUACUCGAGGGGCAUAUGAGCUUGGUCAUAUCAAUUGCCUGGUCUCAAGAUAGAAGCCGACUCGCGUCAGGAUCUUGUGAUAACACUGUCAAGAUCUGGAAUCUUAUCACCGGCCAUUGCGUAUUAACUCUCAAGGGCCAUACUGGUAUAAUCAACCGGGUUAUCUGGUCACAAAAUGGAAGCCAAAUUGCGUCAGCAUCCUCUGAUAAAACAAUUAGGGUCUGGAAUCUAGCUAGUGGUCAAUGUGUAUCAAUCCUUCAGGGACAUACUGACUCGAUCAACUCGAUCGCAUGGUCACGAGAUGGUGACCGAAUCGCAUCAGCUUCGUGGGACAGGUCUGUCAAGAUCUGGGAUAUGGCCACCAGCCAGUGCAUGUCAACCCUCGAGGGGCACAGUGAUCGGGUCAACUCGGUUACCUGGGCACAUGAUGGAAACCGCCUCGCAUCAGCGUCUCGUGAUGCAACAAUUAGGAUUUGGGAUCCAGCCACCAGUCUGUGCGAAUCGCUGUUUCCUAUCAACUCCCCUUACUUCCUUCAAUUUGACACAGUCAGCUUGACACAGUUACACACGAUGGUUGGUACAAUCAAUAUACAAGCCUCAGGUCCCAAAAUAUCUGCUGUUCACUUCUCGACCUUGCCAUCAAAAAAAGGUUAUGGCAUAAGUGGCGACUUGGCUUGGAUAACCUAUAACGGAGUCAAUCUCUUGUGGUUACCUGCAGAAUAUCGACCAACUUAUCCCUCACUUUUUGCUGUAUCUGGAAAAUCUUUGGCGAUCGGAUGCUCGCCAUACCGUGUUAUAUUUCUCGUGUUCUCAGAAGAAAGUUUCACCCCUGACCUUUGA